UCCACAAUCAGACCGGGCUAAAGCAAUCACAAACGCUAUCGGUCUGUUUAUAGGUGCUGACAUGAGGCCAUAUUCCGUUGUGCAAAACAAGGGAUUCAAACACAUGCUGAACGUGCUCGAGCCACGUUACGACAUCCCGUCGCGCACCCACUUCAGCGAUAAUAUUGUGCCAGGUCUGUAUGAGCAGGAGAAGAAAAGGUGGUGGAUGAGCUAGCUGUAGCACCCUCUGUUGCACUCACAACAGACGGGUGGACGUCGAGGGGAACGGUGAGCUAUGUGACAAUAACCGCUCACUUCAUCACAGCAGACUGGGAGAUGAGAAGUCCGGUGCUGCAGACACGCCCCCUCUACGGAAGUCACACAGGCAGUCACCUUGCGCAGGUACUGACACAAGCAGUGGAGGAAUGGAAGAUAAAGAGGCCCACUACUAAUAUCCCAGUCACAACUGAUAAUGCCAAAAAUCAAAUAAAUGCAGUGAAUGAGGCAGGACUGGGCCCACAGAUAGGGUGCUUUGCACAUGUAGUAAAUUUGGCAUCACAGAAGGGAAUCUCAGUCAAUAGGAUGGACCGCCUCCUUGGGAGGAUCAGGAAGGUGGUUUCCUACUUCCACAGAAGCACAACAGCUGCUCAUGUGCUUAAGACAAGGCAAGAAAUGCUAAAGCUGCCUACUCAUAAGCUCAUACAUGAUGUCCCAACAAGGUGGAACUCCACUUAUGAUAUGUUAGAGCGUUAUCUGGAGCAGCAGGCAGCUAUAUACUCUGCAUUGACCGACAAGACCCUAAAGAAAAAUGUCAAAGACAUCAUAACCCUUUCUGAUGAUGAUGUGAGAGUGGCAGAGGAGGUCCUCCAGGUGCUUAAACCCCUUAAAACUGUUACAUCUCUGCUGAGCACUGAAACGUUACCAUCUGUGUCAAUGAUCCUUCCGCUGAAAACAAGGAUUCUACAAUCCAUGGCUCCAAGUGUGGAAGACAGCACCAUCACUCAAGAUGUCAAGACUGCCAUUAGAGAGGACCUGAAGCCCAGAUACACUUCACCCCCUACUCUACAGGACUACCUCCACAGAUCUACUGCCCUGGAUCCAAGGUUUAAGUCCCUGUCUCACAUAGACCCUGACCUACGCCAGAGGACAUACAGUGACCUCACCACUGAGAUUGUGAGCAGUCUGGCCACUGAAGACUGUGAUGAGGGUCAAGCUGCAGAGCCAACAGGAGCAAACUUGGACACAUCUCCUCCACAAAAGAAGUCGGCGUUGGCAGAGCAUUUUGGAGAGACCUUUGCCAGCAAAGACAUGGACAGCAAGACUCCUGCUGACAUCAAAGAGGAGGUGGCAUUCUACCUGGCAGCAAGCGGCAUUGCAGUGGAUGGUGAUCCACUGACAUGGUGGAAAAGCAAUGAGUUUAAAUACCAUCAUAUUGCUAAGAUGGCAAGAUGCUAUCUCGCUGUGCCAGGCUCUUCAGUUCCUUCCGAGAGAGUGUUCUCAACAGCAGGGGACAUAGUGACUGCAAAGAGGUCCACACUCUCCCAGACAAUGUAGACACCCUUGUCUUUUUGAAAAAGAAUUUAAAAUUAUAAGCUCAUGUAUGCUUUGUUUUCUUUCUUUAAUUCUUCUUUGAUAAUAAUGCUCUUGUUUCAAGGAAGAUGAUGUGCCUUCUUAUGUUGCACUUUAAUUUGUUUUUUAUUAAUGGUCAUUGGUCCAUGUUUAAAGGAAGGAGAUAUGCCUUUUUAUG